CGUGAGUGUCGCCACAAGUGACGAGUGUUUCAAUGCUUUUGUUUAGCAUUUCCUCUUCCUUUCAGUCACUGAUCCGCAAAACAUCUCUUCGUUUGUCUGCAUCUGAUUCCGUCUCAGCGCUGGUCACAGAAGGCUAUUCUCGGGCGGAAAAGACAAUUAUCAUCAACAAUGACUUCUUAUGCUAAACCCGAUCCAAACAAACCGGGAGUCGAAGAAACUCAGGUUCAGAUCCAUCGGAUCCGCAUCACUCUUACCAGUCCUAACGUUAAGAGUCUUGAGAAAGUGUGCGCCGAACUCAUCAAAGGCGCCAAAGACAAGAAGCUUCAGGUGAACGGACCCGUGAGACUGCCCACAAAGACACUGAGAAUCACCACUCGUAAGACACCCUGUGGUGAGGGAUCCAAGACUUGGGAUCGCUUUCAGAUGCGAAUCCAUAAGCGAGUCAUUGAUUUGAGGAGUUCGUCGGAGACCGUCAAACAGGUCACGUCUAUUAGCAUCGACCCCGGCGUCGAUGUCGAGGUGACUAUUGCCGACCCAUAAGACAAGAUGUUUGUAUUGUUUUGAUAAUAAAUAUCUUGAUUUGAAAGAA